AUGAGAUUCAAAAUGUUUUACGUGCUGGCAUAUAUGGGAAAGCAUGACCGCUUGACAUUAACUGUUGACAGGUCAUGCCUUAAGUGAUGUUUACCUAUGUAGAUAGCAAAGGUCAGUUAGCUACACAUUAGCUGUUUGCAUCGUUGAUAUGGAGAAGUCAUUUGGAGGCUAGGCAUCAGCCACUUAGCUAUCCUUUCAAACUUGUUUUUGAGGUCAUCCAAAGUAGAUUUACGAGUGACGUUUGACUGAAAAUACCCAAUCACGAGGCCGUGUGAUUGUAUCCAGCGCUGAAUGAUCAAUCGCUCAAGCAAAACCACAGUCCCGGUACUUCAGCAGUUUCGUCUUGACGUGAUUCGGAGACUAACGCGAAAUAUCUGCGCCUUUGCUUUACCGUAAGGUACAGUACACCGCACAUCUGACUCCACUUCUGUCGAAAGCCAUGAAGAAGUUAGUCAUUGGAAUUGGAGGGAUUACCAAUGGUGGAAAAACUACUCUGGCUAGGAGCAUUCAGGAACACAUUCCUAACAGCUGUAUCAUCGCACAAGAUGUUUUCUUCAAGGAGGACUACAUGGUAGCUGUUGACAGCAAUGGAUUCAAGCAGUACGACGUGCUUGAAGCGCUCCAUAUGGAUCGAAUGAUGAGCGACAUCAGAGCAUGGCAGAAAGACCCUGAGUCCUUUCUCAUCUCUCGAGGAUUGAAAACUACAUUUCCCAGAAUUCCCAGAACACCAGAUGAGGUUUAUGUCCUUAUAAUUGAGGGCUUUCUGAUCUUCAACCACAGGCCCUUGAAUGAAAUAAUGGAUAAACGAUAUUUCUUAAACAUUCCAUACGAGCUGUGCAAAAAGAGGAGGUGCUCGAGGGUGUAUGUGCCUCCUGAUCCCCCAGGGUACUUUGACGGACAUGUGUGGCCCAUGUACCUGAAGAACAGAAAGGAAAUGGAGGAAAUGGUUUCUGACCUGGUGGACCUGGAUGGAACAAAGAGCAGAGAGGAGCUGUUUGCCGCAGUGUAUGAAGACGUUAAAUUAGAAAUUCAGCGGAUUUUAGGCAAGGCCUGAUCCCAGACCACAGGCUGGAAAGAAGAGUCAACAGAUCCCGUGGUAUUUAUUUUUGCCAGUCCUCAUGGUAUGCAGAAUUGUGAGCCAAGUUGAUAGUUACACACGUAGUUGUACAUAAAUGUGGUAAAGAUAAAAGGCAGCAAUGGAAUUAAAUUAAAACUUGCAUUUAUUGUGUAUUUUUACAUGUAUAGUUGUUUUGUAUUUUUAUCCCCAAAUAGAGACUAAGGAAUUCAUGCACCAAAUCCUACUGGAAGACCAUUGUUAAAAAUAUGAACACAGCUGCACAGUGUAUAUUCAGAUGUGGACACACCUAUUUAAAUAAGAAAGUAUGAGUAUGUCCUCAUGUGAUGAUCUCGUUGAAGACCAUAUCUUUUGCUUACCAUACUUUGAGUUGUGAGAACCUGAGGUGUUGGAUGAUGUUACUGGUAUACAUCUUGCAAAUGAACUAAGAUGUAGCUGCAUUUUCACAUUCUAGGGUCAUGAAACAUUUUUUUAAUAUUAUAAGCUCAUAUGAGACAGCUUCAGAACAUCAAUAAUAUGUGUAUGUAUCUGGCAUUCACUUUGAGAAUAUUGUACAGAAAGUCAA